AAAAGGCGGGCUUUAGAUUGUUUUCACAGGUUCUGGUUGGUUGUUUAUACUCCGCUUCAUGGCACCGGAGGCUGAUCCUCCUAACGGAAGCGACAACGGCCUCAUAGUUCAAUGAGAAAAUUGUGAAAUACGAAACCGAGGAUUAGGGUUAGUCUCUGCUUUCUUCCAAGAUGAUCCACAGUCUCUUCCUGGUCAACUCAUCAGGAGACAUUUUCCUGGAGAAGCACUGGAAGAGUGUGGUAAGCCGCUCUGUGUGCGACUACUUUUUUGAGGCCCAGGAGCGUGCCAGUGAGCCGGAGAACGUCCCGCCUGUGAUCCCCACGCCGCACCACUACCUUAUCAAUGUUCUCAGACAUCGCAUAUACUUUGUGGCGGUCAUACAGAGUGAGGUGCCGCCGCUCUUUGUCAUUGAGUUCCUGCACAGAGUCGUCGACACAUUCCAGGACUAUUUUGGUGUGUGCACAGAGGCAGCCAUCAAGGACAAUGUGGUCGUGGUCUAUGAACUAUUGGAGGAGAUGUUGGACAAUGGCUUUCCCCUGGCCACAGAGUCCAACAUUCUCAAAGAGCUUAUCAAACCCCCCACCAUCCUCCGCACAAUGGUUAACACUAUCACAGGCAGCACCAAUGUGGGUGAACAGCUCCCCACUGGCCAGCUGUCAGUGGUACCAUGGCGACGCACUGGUGUCAAGUACACCAACAAUGAAGCCUAUUUUGACGUGGUGGAGGAGAUAGACGCCAUCAUUGAUAAGUCAGGUUCCACCAUAACGGCAGAAAUCCAAGGAGUCAUAGAUGCAUGCGUCAAACUAACUGGCAUGCCCGACCUCACACUCUCGUUUAUGAAUCCUCGACUGCUGGAUGAUGUCAGCUUCCACCCGUGUGUUCGAUUCAAGCGGUGGGAGGCUGAGCGGAUCCUCUCCUUCAUCCCUCCUGAUGGAAACUUCCGGCUACUUUCCUAUCAUGUCAGCUCCCAGAACCUGGUGGCAAUUCCAGUGUACGUCAAGCACAACAUUACUUUCCGUGAAGGAAGCUCCCAGGGGCGAUUUGACUUGACCCUGGGCCCCAAGCAGACCAUGGGCAAGGCUGUGGAGUCGGUGCUUGUCAGCAGUCAGCUCCCUCGGGGGGUUCUCAACGCCAAUCUUAACCCCUCCCAAGGAACGUACACCUUUGACCCAGUCACAAAGUUGUUGACUUGGGAUGUAGGCAAAAUAAACCCCCAGAAGCUUCCCAGCUUGAAAGGCACCAUGAGUCUGCAGGCGGGAGCCUCCAAACCCGAUGAGAACCCCACCAUCAACAUCCAGUUCAAAAUCCAACAGAUGGCCAUCUCAGGGCUGAAGGUGAACCGUCUGGACAUGUAUGGGGAGAAGUAUAAACCUUUCAAAGGAAUCAAGUACAUGACCAAGGCUGGCAAGUUCCAGGUCCGGACAUGAAAACAUCACUUCUGCUCCAAAUGCACCAAAACUCCUUGGAACUGUGAGAAGGGAUGUGAUGUGAUGGGAUGGGAUGGGAUGGGAUUUGUUCCGUACACGUUUACGUACAAUUAGAAGGCUCGUUGUAGCAACAAAUUACCAACAGUCGUCAAAUGCUUGAACCCAGUGGAACAACCUAAGCACUUUUCUAUCCAAGCUGAUCCAUGACAUCUUGUCAUGUACUCCAAUAAACUAAUAUUUAUUGAUCAUUGAAGCCAAUCCCAGCUACCAAAGCAAUGGUGCCUGGUGCUGUUCAAUAUGGAUACAAAUAGAUGUUCAAAUGUUAAACAACCCCUACAACUUAUAAAUAAUUCAAGUAUUGUAUUCAUAUCUUAUUUGUUUCCAUCAAAGCCUACCUGCCAGUUACUGUACUGUUUUCUUCUAUUUAUUUAUCUUCCUCGCCUAUUCAGCUUACGUGCUUUGCUUUUGCGAGUAUUUUUUUAAAUUUGUUUGUCGUCACCAAUAUACAGUGUACACUGACAUAUGAGCAUAUAACAGUCCUUCUCAGUCAGGCACUUUCACUUCUCCUGGAACCAAAUUUUCAAUGCUAAUGGAGUUGGUGCGGUGUUACUGACUCCUGUCGGGACCAUUUUAUCACCAUGGUGUUUUAUGGAAGACUUGUAAAGUAUACAUAUGCUUCUUUUUGUCUGAAUUCCUGGAGAAUAUGAAGACAUCUGUACACCGUUUCAGCAUACUGUCAUCAUUUUUGAAUGAUUCAAGUUAACCAAACGGUAGAUGUAAUUGUUUGAUCAUUGUCCUCCUGUCCAGAAAUGAAUGUAUAAUUUGCUUUGACCAAAAUAUAUUUACUCAGCCCCCAGAAUAUGUACUCAACUACAUCACUUGUACUUAAUAAAUGUGUAUUAAUA